AAAAGGAAGAAAUUGGAUGGGAGCUCAUCAAAAUUUUCAUUUGAUGAUGAAUUUGUCAAAUCUCAAAAACCCCCCUCUUUGACACUUUUUUUUUUGGCUGAUUUUGAGUUUUUUUUUAAAAAAUAAAAUAAAAUUUUGUGUACCAGAGUUGGAAUUGGCAAGUAGUAUAUAAAGUCUCUUCCUUUGGUUUGCUUUGAGAGUCCAUUAAACAAUGAAAAUGGCAUAUUACCAAUCAUCCUUUCCCCUGUAUAGGAAACACCCAUCAUUGCUCCCAACAAUCCUUUUCCACCUUAGAAACCUGAGCUUCUAAGAUAUAUUCCCUCUCUUCCUUCUAGUUCUUCUUCACUUCUCUCUAAUUUUUUUUUAGAAAAUUCAAAUGCUUCAACCCUCUAUAUAACCUUUUUUCAAUCCUCACUUUCUUACCAUCUUGUGGCUUUUUUCUUUCUUGUUCAACAAUGGAUCCUUCUUCAACAAACUCUGUCAAUGGGUUCUACUCUUUUCUCACCAGAGGCAUCGAUGAUCUCGAAAGGUUUUAUCUUUCAAGCAAUUUCAUGUCAAUCCAAUUCCUCCAGAGAGUGCUUUCUCUUCUCAGAUCCUCUCACUCCCAAUUGACCCUUCUUGUCCAGAAACUCCAUUUACCAGUCGGUGAUAAGUGGCUUGAUGAAUACAUGGACGAGAGUUCCAAGCUAUGGGAAGCCUGUCAUGUCCUCAAAACAGGUAUUUCUGGGAUGGAAAACUAUUACUCUGCAGGAUUCAACAUCACCAACUCACUUGACAAUCAUCCCCGCCUUAGCCCCCAACUCUCCAGACAGGUGAUGAGGGCGAUUUCAGGGUGUCGCAGAGAAGCAGUCGGAUUAGAGGAGGAGAACAGAGCUUUGAUGGAAACAAGAAUUCAACCACUCUCUUUACGCUUCGACGAGAAAGUGUCGGUGGAAUCGAAACUGAACGGCUUCAACGGAUUCCGAGGAGUUCUAUACGCAAUGAGGAACGUGAGUUCUCUACUCCUAAUGAUCUUGCUGUACGGAAUAGUAUACUGUUGGCCGGAAUCGAGUUUCGUGAGAGGAGGAUACGAGGGGUGUUUGUUUUUCGGGUCUGCUUUUAUGAUAUCGACGGCGAGGUUGCAGCAGAGGGUGGCUGCGGAGAUAGGGCAGAUGAAUGGCCGGCCAGGGAUACUGAUGCACGAGUUCAGGCUAUCAAAGGCGGCGAUGGAGGAGUUGAGAGGGGAAAUGGAGAGGAGGUGUGGUGGGGGUGGGGGUGGAGGAGGAGGAGGUGGGGUGGUGGAGUGGGAAGGGGAGGUGGGUUUAAGAGAGAGUGUGGAGAACUUGAGAGGGUGUUUUGGGGUGUUGAAGUCUGGUGCUGAUAAUAUUGCUGCUCAGCUUGAUGAUUUCUUUGAUGAGAUUGUUGAAGGAAGAAAGAAGCUCUUGGACUUUUGCAGUCAUAGGUAGAUAUUAGACAACAAUACAGAAAUUGGGUUCAAUCCAAAAAAAAAAGAAAAAAAAAAUACUAGGUAGAAAAAUCAGUUCUUGGGUUGGGGUGGUUGUACCUUUAAACCCUUCUCUUAAUUUUUUUUUCGUUUUUAUUUACCUAUGCCUGGCUUCUUGUGGUUUCUCUGCAUUUUGGGUUGAUAAUAGUGGAAUAUUUAACAGAAAUGCGAAGAGAAUGGGAAAAUUAUAAUG